AUGUCUCAUCCUAGCUCAUCUCGAGUCCAACUCAAGCAUCCCUCUGGCAUACCUCCACGUGAAACUUAUAAGACCGCAAUAAUAUGUCCCAUGGCUGUGGAAUUGGCAGCAGUCCUCGCUAUGCUUGAUGAAAGACACUUGCAACUUCAGUCGACAAGGAAUCUGUAUAUACUGGGACAAAUGGGACACCACAAUGUGAUUGUUACAGUCAUGCCUGAGACUGGAAAUAACACCGCGGCUAUGGUAGCCAACCAGUUGCGAAACGACUUCCCAAGCCUACAAUUUGGCCUUCUUGUAGGCAUUGGGGGCGGCGUUCCUAAUAUGUACAAGCAUGAUAUUCGAUUAGGUGAUGUGGUUGUUAGCAAACCAACCCAAAAUUUCGGAGGAGUGGUGCAAUUCGACCGUGGGAAAUCAAAUACCAACAACGAAUUUGAACGCACCGGCAGCCUUAACAAACCACCGCCUAUUAUCAUGUCGAGUCUUGAGCUGCUGAUUGCAGAGCAAAUGCGCAAUGAGAGCCGGUUGACCGAUCACUUGACCAAGAUGCUACGUUCAUGUCCGAAAAUGGAAGAGAAGCAGUACAUCUAUCAGGGUGAAGAGAACGACGUCUUAUUCAAGUCGAGCUAUCCUCAUUGUUCUGGUAGCGACUGUCGGAACUGCCUACUAGAGGAGAUUGUGAAAAGGGAGCCACGAUCUUCGACUGCUCCAAAGAUCCAUUACGGAACCAUUGGCUCAUCCAACAUUGUGAUCAAAGACGCGGUCCUCCGAGAUAGUCUUAGAGAUACAUUCGGUAUCAUUUGCGUCGAGAUGGAAGCCGCUGGGCUUGUUGACGCAUUCCCAUGUCUGGUCAUCCGCGGCAUCUGUGACUACGCUGACUCGCAUAAGCUGAAAAGGUGGCAGCCAUAUGCAGCAGCAACGGCAGCAGCCUUUGCCAAAGAAUUCUUAUCUUGUUAUCAGGGGAACAUAGAAAUCUAG